AUGACGUCGCGACGCAAGCGCGAUUUAAUUGAGCGGGUUCGGUACCCGAAUCCGCUGCCUGAGCUUCCGUACCCACCGAAGCUCGUGCGGAUUCCUGCGCCGGAACCCAAUUAUACGACGCCUGUGUUUUCGCAGCGCCUCGCCGAGUCGCUGCAGCUUCCUGUCGCUGUGGAUGCUGAUGCAGGUAUGCCCAUUGACCUAGCGCAGAUGGAGUCCCUAUGGAUCGGGGAGGAGGCACAGCGUGCCGCUGCCGCGACUCUCGAGACGCCGUUGGAUUGGGACUUGGUCGACGAUGAAGAUGCCUUCCUCCUUUCCGACGACGUGGCACAAGCACCUGGCACAGCGGAUCGUGCGAUCCCUGUAUCGGGUAUCGAGGCUGCCAAAGCGCAGGCGGCGAAUGUCACUUGGCUUCGGCGCACUGAAUAUUUGGGCGCGGAGCAGCGCAAGCAGAAGACAGAUGCGAAAGCGGCCGGGGAAGCCUUGGAUACAUCUCGACCAGCCCAGAUUGAGCGUAUCGAGCAAGGGUUUGCGUCUGCUAAUACACCGCUGGGAUCACUACAGCAUCCGACCAAGCCGGGCGUCCACGCCGUGGACGCCUUCGAGCUGCUGCCGGACCCCGAGACAUGGGCUACGCAUUUCCAGAUCGUACGUUUUACCGGCUUGCUUGGCCGUGGCGCACAUGGCGAGCCAAUCGAAGAUCCACGUAUGGACGCUGCUUUGCUUCGUCCUGUCACAGAUCCUCUCACAGGUCAGCAGCGUGUUUCCAUGUACUUGACGUGCGCAGAUACGCUGCCGCAAUAUGGAGACGACAAUAAUGACGACGAACAGGAGCCUGAGACGCUGGAUGAAGAUACCAAGAAGCUUAGGGAGGACCGCGCAGCGGAGCGGUACAAGAAACGCCGGCGUUUGGGUGUGUACCCGGUCGUGCCAUGGCUCGACGGUGAGACUGAAGGGGAAGGCGAUGCGAACGUAUAUGGCACAGGUUUCCGUCAUAUUCGUGACUUGGAGCCAGUAGACCAGCCUGUGGCGACAGAUAACCUGUUGGCCGUCGUAUUUGAUGAUGAGAAGCCGGAUCCUGCGCCGGAGUUGGACGGUGUGGAUGUGAACGCCUCGAUCGCGGCAGAGGCAGGCGACGAUGACUUGUUUGAUGACGAUGACGAUAAGACACAUGGUACAGAGGAUGUCACAACGACACUGCCUCCUCAAUCGGCGAAGGAGCGUGAGCGGCAGCAUGUUGUCACACCAGCCUCGCAGGGUCGGCAUGUGGCGUACUACCACCGCAUUGAUAUGCGGUAUGGUCUGCGUAUCCGCCGUACACGCAAAGCCGAGCAGCGCCUGUUGGUGCCGUACGAAGGCUUUUUGCAUCGUAUCGUUGUGGGCCACCGCCCCUUGUCCGAGCGUGAACAAGCAAAACGUCUUCUUCUUCGUGAACACGUGGACGCCCUGGAUAUGGAAGGCGUCGAGUAUGUUGAGUCGGAGGAGGAGGCAGAGGCAGAGGCCGAGAUCGAUAACGAAGCUGAUGGGGACGCGGGCGACGCUGCAGGCGGCGACGCGCACGACGACGACCAUAACAGCACGGCUGAAGCUGAGGCCGACGAAGAAGAGGAGGAGCAGGCAGUGGAAGACGACGAGGAUGGGGAUGACGAAGAUCUCGAUAUCGACGCCGAUGAGCUCGCUGAUCUUCAAGCGGAGGCGGACUUGCAUCCUGACGAUGAGCCGGUGGGCCGGCGUCGGCGAGCAGAGACAUCGAGCUAG